AUGGUCCAAAACAGAUGUUAUAGAGUCCACAGCAAGGUCUCCUUGCCACCAAGACGUCCAUUCGAAAAGGAACGUAUGGAUAGAGAAUUGAAGAUGUGCGGUAAAUAUGGUUUGAAGAACAAGCAAGAAAUCUGGAGACUCCAAUACUAUCUUGCUCGUGCUCGUAAGACCGCCAGACACUUGCUCACUUUGCCAGAAGACGAUAUGAAGAGACAAUUUGAAGGUUCUGCUUUGUUGAGAAGAAUGACCAGAUUGGGUCUUUUGGAUGAAAGCAAGCAACAACUCGAUUACAUCUUGUCCUUGAAGACUGAAGACUUGUUGGAAAGAAGAUUGCAAACCAUCGUUCAAAAGCUCGGUUUGUCCAAGUCCAUCCACCAUGCUCGUCAACUCAUUUUCCAAAGACACAUCCGUGUUGGUAAGCAAACUGUUAACGUUCCUUCAUUCAUUGUUAGAGUUGACUCCGAGAAGCACAUCAAUAUGUCACCUUUCUCUGCUUUGGUCCAAGGAGGCAAGCCAGGUAGAAUUACCAGAAAGAAGCUCAAGAGUCAAAAGAGCGAAUAA